CACAGUCCCCCAGUCACCCGGCGCACCAAGCACAGCAACCGACAAUGCAGGCCAUGCUGGUUUUCAUCGCGGCGUCGCUUGUGGCGGUGGCUACCGGCGAAGCGCCCUCCACCAGCUACGGCGAGCCCUUCCGCCAGGCACAGCGUCUCCAGACACAACCGCAGCAGCAGCAGCAGCAGCCACAGGCAUUCGCCCAGUCACAGGCGCAGCCAUCAUUCGCUGCUCCUCAGUCUUUCUCCGGAUUCUCUGCGGCCAGCUCCCGCCCACAGUUCUUCAUUCCCUCACAGGACGCCUCUCGACUGUCGGGUCUCUACCGCCUACCUAGCUUCACGAACUCUGCCCCCACCACCACAGAAGCUGCCACCACCACUACUGAGGCUCCUGCGACUACCGUGGCCGGCCCUUACAACUAUGACUUCCCCAGCGGCCGCACUGCGGCACUACGUGAGGCGGAGGAGAGCGGGGUGUACUACGUGCUGCAGCCGGACGGCCGCCUGCAGCGCAUCGCCUACGCCCACGGUCCCGCCCCCAUCUCCGCCGCCCGCGAGCAGCAGCGUACCUAUCCUGGAGAGCUAUCCGCCCUGCAGCAGCCAGCAGUAGCACCCGGCUACCUGGCGCGCUUCCAGUACCAGGACCUGCAUCCUGCCGGUGCUCCCAUCUACUCUUACAAACAACCAGAGCUUGUGCGCAUCAACUAGACUAUCAGACAAGCCUCUUUCUGUUCCACAAUUAGCUAUCCCAAUGUUCAGUAAAAUCAUGUAGCUUACUAAACACUAGGUGAGUGUGUCACCAAGGUGCAGUAUACGAAUAUUGUUUAUAUCCGGCGUUCUGGAAAAUACGGCAUGCUGCCUGCUCUCAGAGUCAGUUCUCAGAAGGGCUUAAUUAAAUCUAUUUAAAAGAUAGUGCACCACAGUAUCGUCAUCUUCUCAAUGAAAGUUUCUGAAGGUACUUUAUACACCACGAAGUGUUAUUACCAUUACAAAACUCCUAAAAUCAAAGAAGAUGAGCAGGCAUAUUUCAACAGCUAAGAUCUUUCAUUGUCUCUGUGACUUCCAGCGUAUAUAAUGUUUCUUACGUGUUCCACAAAAAUAGAGAUUUCAAAAAAAAAUGGCUGUAGUAGUCAUUUAUUCAGUACGUUGGGUGACUGAACACCGCGAAAUUUAAUUCGUCAUACUGAACUUAUUAUUGACGGAAAAUGUUAUUGUUGCCUGAUCGAAUUGGUCAAUAUGCCGACAAAAAUUAUUUGAUCCACACAUUUUAUAUAAGGUCUUAUUUACUUGUUGACUACUGAUGUAGAAUUGUCUAAUUGCAAUAAAAGUUUUGUACAAUUA